CCUCUCACACAAGUGUGAGCAUCAGCCGGGGGACGGACUUGCUCCUGCAUGGUAGACCUCCCGCUCCAUGCCUCUGGUGGACCUCCUGCUCCAUGCCGCGUUCCCGGGUGACAUGGGCGAUCAUUCCACAAAGAAAGCAGUACUUGCCAUGUGCGUGGGCUGUGGGAGUCAGAUCCACGACCAGUACAUCCUGAGGGUGUCCCCGGACUUGGAGUGGCACGCAGCCUGCCUGAAGUGCGCCGAGUGCCGCCAGCACCUGGACGAGUCCUGCACGUGCUUCGUGCGGGAUGGCAAGACUUACUGUAAACGAGAUUACGCCAGGUUGUUUGGCAUAAAAUGUGCAAAUUGCAAGACGGGCUUCUGCAGCAGCGACUUGGUGAUGCGGGCCAGAGACAGCGUUUACCACCUGGAGUGUUUCCGGUGCUCCGCCUGCAGCCGACACCUUCUGCCCGGGGACGAGUUCACGGUGCGGGACGACCAGCUGCUGUGUCGGGCAGACCAUGCCUUGCUGCUGGAUAGGAGCUCCGCGGGGAGUCCGCUCAGCCCCGGGAUCGUCCAUGCAAGACCUCUGCCCACCUCAGAGCCGGUGUUGGUCCGGCACCCCCCGCAGCCGCAGCAGCGGAACCAAGUGCACAAGCCGUCGGAGAAGACGACCCGGGUGCGGACGGUGCUGAACGAGAAGCAGCUGCACACCCUGCGGACCUGCUACAACGCCAACCCGCGGCCCGACGCGCUGAUGAAGGAGCAGCUGGUGGAGAUGACCGGCCUCAGUCCCCGCGUCAUCCGGGUCUGGUUCCAGAACAAACGCUGCAAGGACAAGAAGAGAAGCAUCCUGAUGAAGCAGCUGCAGCAGCAGCAGCACGACGACAAGACGAACCUGCAGGGCCUCACUGGGACGCCACUGGUGGCCGGAAGUCCGAGCCGCCACGACAGCUGCGUGCAGGACAACAGUGUGGAGGUGCAGACCUACCAAGCGACGUGGAAGAGUCUGAGUGACUUCGCCCUGCAGAGAGACCUGGACCAGCCCGUCUUCCAACAACUGAUGUCUUUUUCGGAGUCCGGCUCCUUGGGGAACUCGUCUGCCAGUGACGUCACUUCUCUGUCGUCACAGUUGCCGGACACACCGAACAGCAUGGUUCCCAGUCCGCUGGACACGUGAUGACGUCACCUGACGCCUCAACAAGACGCUGUUGACGUGGAUUUGUAUCACGGAGGAAAAGAUUCCCACUUUUUUUCUUCUUGUUGCCCUGAAGUGGACAAUGUGGGGAUUCCGACAUGUGGACAUCGAUCAUGUGCUUGACGUCAUCGACUCUUAAAUCUUCAAGACACACCACAAGGCUCUUGGAAAUAACUUAUUAUUAUUGCUAUUUAUUAUAAGAAGACACACGCCAACCUUGCCAAUAAAAAGACGUUUCUAGAA